CCGUGCUGCUGGGUGCGCCAUAUUGGUUGGCUUUUAUGAGGAGUGGAGUUGGACAAGCCGCUUGUGAAAACCAAAUCAGUUUCUGGACAUGAAGUAUUUCGAUGCUAACCAGUAAUUCAACGCGGUAGGCUUUAUCUCUUUCCAUAAGUGCAAAGUGUUCAUAGCACGCCGUUUUCCCGUGAAGAGGUUCUCGACUUACUCGAGUCCAAUGGAUCCUCGGACCGCUUGGCUCCAGCCGGAGCAGAAGGGACCUGACAAUUCCCCGAUGCACAUUUGGGAAACCUCUCAGGGAUUUGGAGCGAACUCCAGCAUCGACAACCACCUCCACCACCAACGCAACUUUGCAGCACAAAAUGGAAACUCCACGCAGUCAAACGGCGAGUAUUGCAAAAAUGUAACGUUAGCACUGCCGCCGGGGUGUGUGUUUGGAAAAAUGCCGAAGCGAGACGGCGGCGGAGAGAGGGGAAAUGUCCGAAGGAAGGGCUCGCUGUCACCGUCCUCUUCCUCUCUGGACUCUGAGGCCGAGAGCUCCUCGCCCUCCGGCUCCUCUCUGCAAAUCGAUAAUUUGAACGUCGCAGAAGAUGCCAACCGGUUUUUACACUACGGCGAGCACGAGUUGAACGAGAACAAUCUCAAAUGGCAACACCCCCCUCCGCCUUUUCACACUAUUCAGCAACACUGUCGCAGCAUGCAACAAUCGGGCGGCCACACCCCCACUGGCAUGAAAAAUCAGCACGUGAACAAGCACCACCACCACCACCACCGGUCCCAUUCAUCCGGACGCAGGAGGCAGCUGAACAGAGCCAACACUUUCCACGGCAUCAACGCGCUCCUGUCCCACGGCAGCAACGGACACCAUGUAGACUCUUCUUGUAGUCUGUGGAAAACCAGGCGGUACAGCCCGGGUUUUAACGGUCUUCAUGAAGAAAUCAUGGACUUUUUCAACUUCAUGUCACCACGACCAGAGGAGGAGGCCAUGAGAAGAGAUGUCGUGAACAGAAUAGAAAGUGUCAUCAAGGACUUGUGGCCCACAGCCCGGGUGGAGAUAUUUGGCAGCUUCAGCACAGGACUUUAUCUUCCAACAAGUGACAUUGACCUAGUGGUGUUUGGAAAGUGGGACCAUCCCCCACUGCAAGAACUAGAACAGGCCCUGAAGAAACGCAACGUGGCUGGCCCUUAUCCCAUCAAGGUCCUGGACAAAGCUACAGUGCCGAUCAUCAAGCUUACAGACCAUGAAACUGAGGUGAAAGUGGACAUCAGCUUCAAUGUAGAGACUGCUGUUAAAGCAGCACAGUUCAUCAAAAGCUAUCUUAAGAAGUACACUGUUCUGCCACCUCUGAUCUUCGUCCUGAAGCAGUUCCUACUACAGAGAGAUCUGAAUGAAGUCUUCACAGGAGGCAUCAGCUCUUACAGCCUCAUACUAAUGGCCAUCAGCUUCCUGCAGUUACACCCUCGAAUCGACACGCGACGUGCCAACAUCAACCUGGGCAUCCUGCUGAUCGAGUUCUUUGGACUGUAUGGCCGCAAUUUCAACUACAUGAAGUACGGCAUCAGGGUGAAGAAUGGAGGGGCUUACCUGUCCAAGGAGGAAAUGCUAAAAGGCGUGGGGAGUGGAAACAGGCCAUCCCUGCUCUGCAUGGAAGAUCCAAUACAGCCAGGAAACGACGUGGGCAGGAGUUCGUAUGGCAUCCUGCAAGUCAAGCAGGUGUUUGACUUUGCCUUUAUGGUGCUGAGUCAUGGAGUGUCUCACCAUGCUCGUGCUUACCCCAACAAAGAGUAUGACAGUACUUUAGGACGCAUCAUCAAAGUCAGCCCAGAGGUGUUGUCCUACAGGGACUGGACAAUUAAGAAGUGGGGGGCCAAGCAGUAUGCCAAGCUGGAGAGCCACGAUGUAGAGACCUGUGAGCAGGACCUUGCCAGGCUGAUGCUGGUUUCUGUGGAUGAUCAGAGAGAUGCAUCCUCUCCCCUCAGUGCUGACUCUUCCUCACCUUCUCCAGUCUUCCUCCCAAGCCCUCAACACCACUCAUCAUCAUCCUCUGCAUGCUCGCUGUCUUCCUCCUCCGGAAGUGACAUAGAGUCUGAUUCUCCGCCUAGCAGUAAUGCUGCUGUCCAACUCCACCCCCUCACCCUGGCCUCAGUCCAUUCAGUUAUCCAGAUGGCUACUGACCUGAGGGCCACCCAUCCAGCGGGCUUUAUCCACACCUCACCUCAGAUCCAGAUGUCUCUUCCUGAAAACCUAACCAUCCCCUCGUUCUCUGAUUGCCAGUUCUACCAUGAGAAUCCACCUUCAAUCAGUGUUGUGCACUGUCACGUGUCACAAGCUGCACACAUGUCCCAGCAUGCUAACUCCACAAGCCCCCUCCACCAGCUUCACCACCCACAGAUGGGAGGACAGCAUAGCCACACCUACACCAUGAUAUCCAAUUCCCAUGGCUCACUUGAGCCGCACAAAGUCGGCUUCAAGCACAACCACGGUGGCAGCCUCAGAGGUCAAAAUCACUCUCAAGAUAACUUCAGUCCCCAGCAGCGGUUUGUUCCCCAGAGUCAUAACACAGCACCGGGUUUCAGGAACCAGCAGCAGUACAACCGCAACACCUGGCGCCGCAGGAAGAGGGACAGUCUUCCUGCUCUUAACCACAGCAGAUGAAGUGCAUGCUGGACUUGACUGGCAUUGGUUUUUGAAGGCCUCACUUAGCCCAUCACGGGUCUUGGUGUUGAAGAGCAGUGAAGAAUUCAAGAUACACCUGUGUUUUGUUGGAGGCUCUCAAAAACGUACUUUGUCAAGGAAUUCACAAGUCAAUUGAAGUUGACUCCAAAGGUUUGGAAUGAUUAAUCUCUGCUAGCAUUGCAAGCACUUAUUAAGGCUACAAGGCUCUUGCAGAAGAAGACAGUCUCAUCUGCGCUCAUUUUGUUUUAUCGGUCUGAUGAUAGUCAGAGGCCCUUCCUCGAAAUUUUAUGCACACCAGCACAGAAUUUGAGUUGAUCCAGGAAUGAAUUCCCUGACUGUCUCCUCACCAGUGUCACUUUCCAGCAGCUAAAGAUUCUGGCUGGUUUGCUGAAGAGUUCGGUCAAGUAUUGAGUUUUCAUGCAAUUUAAUGUGCCAAGUACUGAACUGGUUUAGUUCUCCUGACUAUUUGACUCUUAUUGGGCCUUUUUGAUCAGGUUUGGGGCACGUCUGGUCUUCUGAAUGCAACUCCCUCUUGACUAUGCUCUUGAUUCAGAGCUCUUACAGCUUGGAAAUCAUCUACAAAUUGUAUUCUGGACCGAAGCAAAGCACUACCUUUCUACCUAUGCAGCUCAACGCUGACUUGAUGUUUUUGAUGUAACGGCACAAAACGGACCUUGUCCAAAAGUCUUAAACUGUGAUGACUUGUUUGAAUGUACCAAGUGCUUCUUUUUUUGUGUUGGUCAUUUGUUUUUUUUGUUUGUCACGAGGGCUUUUUUUUCUUCUUUUUUUCCACAUUGGCACUACAUGUUUUUUGUCUGGUAAACAUUGCCACCUUUUGUUUGUUGCGUUCAUGUGCAAUAAUUGCUUUUUAUUUAAUUUAUUUCACAUUUUAGUUAUAUUUUAGGGGUUCUCCCCACUAUAGGUUUGCUUUUCUAUUUCUAGACAACAUUGACCUGUGCAAUAGAUGGAUUUAAGGUGUGUGUGCGUGUGUGCGU